ACAAGAAAUCAUUGCGCAUUCGAGUUGCAGCUACCACGUUGUUAGCAUGUCCAAUUUGCGAACUCUGGAGCCAUUAUUAGCCGCUCUCGCCUUGGCCGAGUGCAAUGAGCAGCAGUCGGAGAGAGAGGCAUUGGUAGCCACAGUGCAGACAUGGAUUGCCAAGUCGCCGUAUCUGAAAGCACGCACGGAUGAGCAACUGAUCCUGGCCUUCCUCCGACGCUGUCGUUUCAGUGUGGAGGAAACGAAACGUCGCAUCGACAAUUAUUAUUCCCUGCGUAAUGUAUUUCCCGAGGUGCUCGGUUCCCGGCAAGUGAAUGAGGCUUUGAUGAAGCAGUUUGAUUGCGGGAUUCAUGUCAUACCCGAACGGCCAGUUAGUCCCCAAGGAGCCAGAGUUAUCAUCUCGCAGUUCUGCAAAGUUGACCCAAAGUCAUCGAGUCCCCGGGAAGCUUUCAAGCUGCUCUUCAUGCUCCUGGAACUGCUGGCCCAGGAGUGUGACAAUGCGACAACUGCGGGUCUCUUUUGGGUGGUGGAUGCACGUGAUGUUACCAUGGAGCAAAUGCUUCAAUACGACCCAUUUCUGCUGAAGAAGUCCUUUAUGUUUGUGGAUCAAUGCUUGCCGCUGCGUUUCAUGGAGAUUCACUUGGUGAACAUGAUACCCUCAGGACAGACGGUCUUCAAUUUUGUUACCUCCUUCCUGCCCGCUAAAUUGCCCUGGAAGUUUGUGGUGCACAAGAAGUCAGAGGAUUUGUAUAAGCAUCUGUCCCCCGAGGCCAUGACCAUUGAGUAUGGUGGCAAAAAUGGCUACCAGGCGGAGGCUCUGGAUUACUGGCGUCGGAAACUGCAGGAACGCAAGGAUUACUUUGAGGAGGAUGCCCAAUAUGGUACAAAUGAGAAGCUACGCGUUGGCCUGGCCAAUGCCUGGGCCAGCGGGGAGCUGAGUGGCACAAGCGGCUCCUUUCGCAAAUUGGAAGUGGAUUAAUUAAUGAACAAGCUAUUUUUCAUUUUUUACACAUAAAUAUAUUUAUUAAGUACAUAGUUGGUAGA